AUGAAUCUGUGGAAGGAGAUGGUCAAAUCAAACAAAUUACCCCUGGAAGAGACGCAGAAAUUGAAGUACAAUGCAGAGCGACUCGUCUGCACCGCUAUUGUCCAGGAAUACCAUGUGAUAAUUCAGGAAGGACUCGAGUAUUCCUAUUUGACAAACGGGAUUGCUCGUGUCCUUCUCUGCGUUCCACACGAUAAUCCGGAUACAUUGCACUACUUUCUCUGUGAUCCUAACAGAGAGUUGGAGGGCGAUAUUGAACAGAAUCUCCAGGAGCCGAGGACGUCGGUUGCCCGGGUCCUGUGUCUUUGCUUGAUGGCGUUUCGCUCCACUGUACGUGGUCAAGAAUGGAGGCAUGCCACACGAUCGCAGCUUCCUCUUUGGACGACCAGCUUCGACCAUGCUCGUUCACAGAUCCGUAAGGCAGGGUUACAGCAAGCCGCUCCGCACUCCGAUAGUACUAACUCUGAGUAUGUGAGUCCGGAACUCAGUUCAGAGUAUCAACAAUCGUCACCACCGCUAGAAUCCCCAACAGCAGGUCGUCGAGCAGCUACAAGGUCUCAAGCUAACUGUGCAAACUGUGCACCAUUAGAUGUCCGAUAUCGCAUGGAGUCGCCGGACUCGUCAGACUCCGAUGUGAACCAUGCAGCAUCAGGGCGAAAGCGGGGCUUCAGUCAAGUCACAUCUUCCCCAUCUGCCCAGCGAGCGGCUCGUCAACGAGAGGCUAGAAACCAUCCAAGCGGUCAGUUACGACGCCACGAGGCACAGUUUUGCACACAGACGUGCCUGCUUGGGGUUCCGAAUGGUGGUGUCUUAGAUGACUGCUGUCCAAACGUUAACCCCUCCAUCGACAAGAUCGAGACGACCCUAGGCAUCCCAUCAACGCAGAGGAUCUGGUGGUUUUACUAA